AUGCUGGCGUCGCAUCCACUGCGGCGGUUCAAUUUCAAGUCCACGGCUGAGCUGGGGCUCCUGGUGCAGCGCUUCGGGAGGACGGACAAGUAUGGCAGAGAGCUGCCCGACACGGGCCUUCCCGCGGUCGACUGCGCCACCGACAAACAGAUGCCCCUGGCCUCCGUGCGGCUCGAGCCGUCGCCGGCCGGUGCAGCCACCGCCCCGCGGCGCCUGCAGAGGAGCUCGCGCUCGUCUGGCCGCAGCCAGUCCCUCACGAGGUGCGGCCACGUCACAGGCACCCUCGAGGGUUGCCGGCCGCGUCAGCAGUUGGUCCCUCUCGACGCCCGCCCAGAGGACUGCCUCGCGGAGUGCGCCUGUCGCGCGCCACCCGCGCAGCCAGCAGCUGGCCUCGAGCAGUCGGCUCUGUGA